UUGAAAAUACAAGAAAACACUUAUAUAUAGUAAUGGAGAUAGCUUGGUAUAAAUCAGUGAAAAAUGUGCUUUAAUUCAGAUAUAUUUUAAAACAAUUAUGUAUGUACAAGCGAAAGCUCUGAGUGCAAUAUUUAAUUUACAUUUUCCUUUUGUGAUUUUACAUAAAUCAAAAAGGUCUUAAAGUACUUAAUGUCCUUACAAAAAAAUCUGCUUAAAAGCAUUUGGUGAUAUCGAAUAUGAAAAUACGUAAAACAGUUGCUCGAAAAUUUUUUAUGCAAUUUCCAUUCAAUAUUUUUCGUUAUUGAAGAAACAAAAGCACAAAUAAAUAAUACCAUUUAAACAAAAUGAAAAAGCAAUUCAGUCAAGUUUUAAUAAUAUUUCAAUUGUUCGGCAUAAAAUCGCACGUUUACUUUAUUGCAUCAACAGUCGCCGGGUAAAAAGUGAGGCCUCAGUAUCAACGCACUAAAAAUGAAUUUCUUAAUAUUUACAAUAUUUUUAAUUGUAUACAGCUACAAUGCUGGAGCACAGCGUUGUAUACCGCUAGCCAAUUCCACUUGCACCGGAGCAGCUAACUCAGGCUCAACUGGGCCCGGUUGUUUAGCAGGCACUAGAUGGGCGUACGAUCCAACCAACAGGGUAUGUACCGCCUUUACGUAUCAUGGCUGCGGUGGAAAUACCAAUCGUUAUUGUUCGCGUGUGGUGUGUGAACGCAGAUGUAUUCCUACUGCCAGUCCGGGGGUUGUGGUUGGUUGA